GUUUCGAAAAGCCAUUUCAGAAGUGACCGCGUGUAAGUAGUACCACUCAGUCGCCCUCCAGAUUCGCGUCCGCGCUCUUUUUUUUUCGACUAAAUGUUUUUUAAUAUCGACGGCUCUGUCUCGUUCGUAAGUUUUUACCCCGUGAAACGAGGCCAUACGGAUAAUUUCCCCGAUCGGACCGUCAAGUGACGAAACGUCGCGACGCAAACGCACACAUCAGUCCCAACGGCAUUUUCUUAUUUCUUGUUUUCCGAGAAAUUCAUCGAAAUGGUGUUAUCAUCAGUAUUAUUAGUGAUCCUCUGCCUGCAUCUCGCCCACAGCCGGAGGCUGACCGACGACAUCGACAACACGGUCAGCACGAACGCGGCGGGCAACCUGGGAAGCUUGGAUUUUAGAGAUCAAAGAGACUACGUCAAGAUAAGUCAGACCCCGGUCCCGGUUAUAAGCCGAAACGUCGGCACCCACGUCGAGCUCUACUGCGAGGCGAUGGGCUCGCCCCCGCCCACCAUCCAAUGGUACAAGAGAAACAUGAGAAUUACCGAGAACGAAAGUUUCGACGAUUCGAACCUCAUCGACGGCACCGCAGGUUUGGCCAAAGUCGCUUCCCGGUUGGUAAUCAACUACGUGUUGCCAAGACACCAGGACAUCUACCGGUGCGUAGCAGAAGCCGGUUCCCAAAUGGCCAGCGCCAUCACCGAGCUAAUAGUACCGAAUAAAGAGGGCAGAGAGAUGAACUUCACCCAAUUGGUGGCUUCCAAAAUAUUGGGGGCCCAUCACAUGCCGAGGGUCACUUUCUGGGCCCCCGCCUUUAUGGACGUUAUUGGAUCCGACGUCAUCCUGCCUUGCAAGUCGGUGGGCAACCCGAAACCGAAUCUCAUGUGGAUCGAUCCCAACUCCAAAAUAAUCACCGACAACGAAAAGUUCAUGGUACAUCCGGACGGUGAGCUUAGGAUACGGUCCAUAUCGUGGAACGAUAUGGGAGUGUACAAUUGCAUAGUGCAGAAUUCGGUGGGCGAGGAUUCGGUGGAGACAUUUUUGUACCCAAUGCAAGAAUCUUCAAAAUAACGCUGGCAAAGGCAAAGGAAGCAGAGCGACACUAGGAAGUUGUCGUAAAGUCUAGUCAAAACCAUUCCAAGAUGCUGUCUUGGCAACUUAUUUCGUCAAUGUUACUACUAGUAUUUAAAACCCAAAUCGAUAGGUAUUAAUAGGUUCUAAGAAAAUAAAUUAUGUACUUAUUUAUAUUUAUACUAGGAGAAAAUGUAUAAUAAAAUACAAU